AUGGCGGCGGCCGUUGGAGAAUCCUCGCCCUUGCUUCCACAGCAUGCAGCUUCCGUGGGGUCCCCGUCACGCCUAGGUGGAAGAAAUCAACGAACUGUCACGUUUAAUCCGUUGACCUCCGUCAGUAUGCAGUCAGGCGCUACAUCUUCGGGAUCUUUAAGGCCAGUGCAAAGUCCCUCGGCAGCCCUCACGAGCUCGUCCCAGCCCAGCCGUGAACAGCAACCCAUGCUCAGUGCCUUCAACUCGAAAUUGCGCCGGAGAAAUAGCCAUGGUUCUCCGUUACCUACCACACAGCCGUUUCAUGCAGCCCCUCGUGCUGGAGCCCAGCGAACGACCAAGACGAUCGAGAAACUGAAGAUCCUGCCAAACCCUGACAUCGCAGAGGAGGAACCGGAUGAAGAAAGUGGGAGAGAUGUGUAUUCACAGUUUACAAGAAUCAAAGAUCCAACGGCGAGAAGAGAUGCAGCCAGACUAGGAAAAGCGGACAGGGAUAGAUUACCUCGCGUUACGGCGUAUUGCAUUGCACAGGGCUACCGGCUUGAUGGAAUCAUGAAGUUCAUGAAAUCGCGGACAAGAACGAGAGGUGCGAAUCCGAAGCUGUUUGAUGAAUGCCUGUACAGUCCGUAUGACUACGAGUAUCUGAAGAAACACGACAAGAACAAGGGGGACUCGAGGAGCAACAGCCCAGUGCAAGAAAGAAUCGCAAGGGUUAUGGCGAGUCCAAGGAUUGCGCCGGGGGAGAGAAGAUUCUCGGACAGUGUGGUAGAGGUGGAGGACAAUAAAAAACAAAGACGAGACGACCUUAUCGACUUACAGGAUGAGCUGGGAGGCCCCGGUAUGAUGGAGGAAUCGGCCGAACUAGCUAUGACAGCAACGCGCUCUUCCACCGACCUUCGACAUCCCGAGAAUGAUGACAUGCACCAGCGAUCAAACUCCGAACUCUCCACAAAAGUAGACACCCCCGAAAUCUUCAUAUUCGACUACGGUACCGUCGUCAUCUGGGGAAUGACCGUCCAGCAGGAGCAGCGAUUUUUGAACGACAUGUCAAAGUUCAGCGACGCACCAUUGCCUCAGGAGAGCGUGCAGACAGAAAACUUCAACUUCUACUAUACCAAAGAGUACCAGGCCCGCAUCUACAACGACUUUAUUAGCUUGAGGGACCCCCGCAAUUACAUGACCAAACUAGCCAUCAGUCAUGCUCUCUCUCAGAGUGUGAAGACCAGUCUGUUUGAAGAUCUGGUCAGCGAGACCAUCGAGGCGACGAGCCCUCUUCCCGCCCUGAUCGCCCAGACGGGCAGCGUCAACCUAACCAGGCGUCAACUGAACAUGCAGAUAGGGGAGUUGUUCAUUCUAAGAAUCAACAUUCACUUGCAGGGAAGCGUUCUUGACAGCCCCGAGUUGAUGUGGGCAGAACCGCACCUAGAGCCUGUGUAUGCGGCAGUCAGAAGCUAUCUCGAAAUUGAACAGCGCGUUGGCCUAUUGACUGAGAGACUCGAUGUCAUCGCUGAUUUGCUGGCUGUUUUGAGAGAGCAAGGAAGCCGACGACAUGGCGAGGUACUGGAAUGGAUCGUCAUCGUCCUCAUCGCAGCGGAAAUUCUGGUUGCUGCCAUCAACAUCGUCGUCGACCUCUACGCCGGCGUUGACUAG